GUUCGUAUAACUAAGAAAUAUUACCUAUCUUAAAUCUUAUAGCCUACAAUAUGAUAAAUCCAAUCGGGGUAUAAGAGGAAUAACACGCUUCGCGUCGUAAUAUGCAUCAAGCCCAGAGCACACUAAUUUUCAGCUCAGCUGAGGCUGAACUUGACCCGAGUUGAUACCAAUGUGGUAGAUUUUCUAUCAUCCUCUCUUUGGUAUAUAACUAUUUAUAAGAAACCGCGGCACAAUGGCAUCGACAGGUUCAUACUACUCGGCUAUUGACAUCAUCACGUUUAUUGGUAUUCCCUUAGCCGUCCUUGGCGUAUUGCCUAUCCUAUACAACACCGUCGCGACGCUAGCCGCCCUAUCUAAGAUUAAGCGUAUGCUUAGACACGGUCGCUUAACGGCAUUAACACGCAGCGAUGUGGUGAAUCGAGUAAUCGAGGUGGAACUUCCAAGAUAUGCCGUCACGCCAUGUGACCGUUUUGAAGAGACUGAGCUAUACUGGCGGCCCUCUCGGCAACCUAGCUCCAUCCCCGGCGGAUCGUGGACUACAUUUAACUGGCAGACUCGCGCUAUCGGCGCUAAAACUCAGCGUGUGGAAUACGCGGACCAGCUCCGACAACCACAGGUCGACGUAGCAUUUGACAAACUCGUCGCCUAUCUACUCGACCUAGGUGCCAUCCCUGACGCGCACGGCUGGAAACUGUUACGUUCGACAGGGCUAUGGACUCCUACAGGUUGCUCAUUAAUGAAGUCGCCCGAUAGGCAGCAUGAGGCAUUGACCAUCGCUCCUCUGGACGAUUCCGAUGGCCAUCUAUCUCUUAAGGUGAAUUGGUCAUCGUAUUGGACAACUCGGGAUUUCUCUUCCCUACCCCCGUAUUGGAUAAGCCUUCCACCACCUCAACUAGAACCAUCUGAGAUCACUGAAAGUGUUGAUCCCGAUGAGACACCCCCUGUAGCUCAGGGAGAGGUUGCGGACGGUGAUACGGAAGAAGCUAAGGAGAAAGGGCAUAGUAGCUUACAUAAAGAAUCUCUCGACUCGAUCCAGAGGCAGUCUGAGAAAAACACUAGAGCAACUAUAACAUGCCAGAUAUCUGUUGACGGCCUAAUCUCCGCGAAGAGCCAGGGGGACGGGGCCUUGCUAUCAUCUAUUGAUUUACGAAGCCUUUAUAUUGAGCAUCUUCGGAUUCGCCCUGGCAAGACCGAUGGUAUUUGGUUUUCCAGCGUUGCGACAGCUUAUGGGACUACGAGCCAAACCGUGCUAUGGAACUACAAGAUCCCCGAUGAGAUCCUUACCUUUGCCCGGCGGGACAGCAUGCCCUGCGGAGUGCUCGUGCUACUAGGCGUUGUGGAUGAGUCCCAGACGCCUGAAUGGGCUACUAACUAUAACGUACAAGAAGAGGAUCGAGAGCUAUUCUAUAGACGCAGUGCCGACCAUCGCGUCGCUGUAAUGGCCGAGUUAAAGAUGGCCCCUCCCCAGAGGGAAAUCGCCAUUCAAGAGCGGACGCGAAGGGAGAUGAACCAGAAUAUGCAAGACAUGCGCGACCGUUCAAGGCUCGAGAACCAGCGUCGCGAAGCGCGCACAUCCGAGGCGCUGCAGAGCCCAAAGUGGGACACGAAACUUGUAGCAGAGCAUAAUCUGCACUGGCUCAAGCAGAACAAAGAGCGUGCAAUCGCUAGCGGUGUCAGCAUCGAUUCCAACCUAACUCUUAGGGAUGUCGUGGGCUCGCUACUACAUCGGAUGAUCCUCGAUGGUCAAUUCGCCUCGUCGAUUUGCAAGAUGCUCGAUCUGUGGAAAUCAUGGGCAGAUAACGGCGGCAUGAGGAGGUCUGAUUUAGAAACGUUGCGUAAAGAUCAAGUUACGUUUGCCUUGGCUAGUUUUCUAGUUGCCCUGAUCAAGGAUACUUCUACGGCGCAUGAGGGCACGCUGUCGUUGGAUUUGCAGGAAUGUUUGCGGAUGUGGAAGAUUGUAAGGCUAGGAUGAAAAUCGCUAGGGGGGGGACCGCCCAGUAAGGGCUGUACACAUUCGCCAUUUAUCUUCUUGGUGUACAAUUAUAGCAUGUCGACUUAAAGGUGGAUAGUUUCGAAGGGAUGGAGUUGAGAUCAAUAGACAAACA